GAUUACAUCAAGAAGAAGUUGAUUGAGAUUAAAAGUAAACACCGGUUUGCAAAAGGUUCAUCAAUCACUGGCGUUUCACUCCUUGGUUGGAUGCAACAAAGAGGACUACUCCUUGGUUCAACAUCAUCGCAUCCUCAUCCAGAACGCCAAAAUAUUACUGUGAGUAAAUUUUCCAAAAGUGCUUCAAAGUUUGAUGGUAGAAUGGUUGGAUGCGACGAGGAGUUUAAGACGAUAAUGGAUCAGCUCACUCGACAAUCAGCGAAGCAGCUACAAGUUUCAUCAAUUGUAGGCAUGGGAGGAAUUGGCAAGACCACUUUAGCUCGGAAAGUCUAUGAAGGUUCAUCAAUUACUUCUCAUUUUGACAAACGAGCAUGGGUUACUGUAUCUCAAGAGUAUAAUGUGGAACAAAUGCUCCAAUGCCUUAUUGAUUGUGUUAAUGCAACAUCAAAUGAUGUACUCCAUGAACAAAGAAAUGACAACUUUGCAGAAAGUCUGCGUAAACACUUGAAGGAGCAGAGAUAUUUGAUAGUGAUGGAUGAUAUAUGGAGCACUACUGCUUGGGAUAGUGUGCAAAGAUGUUUUCCGAAUGAUAAUAACGGAACCCGUACACUAUUGACUUCUCGGCUUAGGGAGGUGGCUGAAUAUGCAAGUUCAGGUAACUCUACCAUUAACAUGUCUUUCUUAGAUGCCAAUAAAAGUUGGAAUCUCUUCUGCAAUGUGUUUGGUCAAACGGAAUUUCUUUCAGUGUUUGAGCAAAUUGGUAGAAACAUAGUGAAGAAAUGUAAUGGAUUACCUCUAGCUAUCUUUGUAAUAGCUAGUCUUCUCUCCAAGACAGAAGCGGCAGUGGAGAAGUGGAAUAAUGUUGUAGAAAAUGUGAGUAGAUAUGUAAUUGGUGAUUCUAAUUAUGCAUGUUCCAAAAUACUAUAUUUGAGUUACAACCAAUUACCACACCACUUAAAAGCUUGUUUUCUAUAUUUUGGAGUUUUUCCCGAAGACUAUGAGAUUCAUGUGAAGAAGUUAGGUUAG